GUCUCUGUAGCCAGAGAGCGAGCAGGAAGUGCAGCUCGUGUGCCUCUCCACUCGUCUCAUCAAUGCAGCUUUCAUUCUCCCUCGGUGGGGCAACAUGGAAGCUGUACAAAAGGACCACUGGUACUUCGUGGUACUCAUCUUUCUUCCUUUUCUUAAAGUUGCUGUCCAGCAGAAAGAACCUGUAACAGUUUCUCUGGAGGAAGGGAUGAUUCUUGAAUGUUUGUGCCCCUGGAACGGCAACCUCAGCAUGGUGUCCUGGACCAAACUACCAGACAAGAAUCCCGUGGCCAUUUUCCAUCCAGAGUACGGAAAGGUCUUUUCUCACCAGUAUCGGGAAAGGAUAGAGUUCCUGAGAACCACGCCUAUGGAUGGGAGUAUUUCUAUGAGCAACGUCACUCACCAGGAUAUCGGGCUUUACCACUGUUCUGUUCAGACCUUCCCUCAAGGCCCCUGGACGAGGAGCAUUCAGGUGGAAGAUUUAGAUGAGCCCCCAGAAGACGUCGACAUCACAGAGCCCCCCACCCCAGAGGUGAUCAAGACCGACACGGAGCUGGUGACGGAGCUGAACAACAAUCUGACCAUCAGCUGUAACCACGAGCACAAUGGCACCAUUUACCAGGUUAUUUUGGAGAAGAUGCCGCAUGGCCAUCCCUGGGACAUUAUUGGAGUGUGUAAGGAGGUGGAAAAUGGCCUGGUGAGCGAAGACUACAGCGACAGGGGCAGGGUCAGCUGUACAGACACCUUGGAUGUCAGUCUGCACCUGACAGGUGUGGUGCCGGAAGAUAGUGGUUUCUACCGCUGUACCUUCAGCACAGAUGCAGGGGUACAGACCACCACGGUGGUGCUCACUGUAAACCCUCCAGGUGGAUUCAGCCUAUCCGUGUACAUGAUGUAUAUUUACAUCGGGGCUGGAGCUGCUGGGUUUAUUCUACUGACUGCCAUCAUCAUACUAGCAGUGAGGCACAGGAAGAAGAACAAGAGAAAGGAGUACAGAGUCAAACUGCACCCAUCUCAUAGACAGCCAAACUUCUAUGAGAACAUCUCCGUGUGUCCCAGGAAGAAGUCUAGGCAGAUAAGAAAUUGCCCGGUCUAUGCCAACCUCCAGACUGUGCGGUCACACAAAACCAAGCGUCAGCUUCAUGAUAAAUGAGCGGACAUAAAUGUGAUGUACUGCAUAAUGUGAACGCGUAGUUUUUUUUUUUUUUUAAUCUGUCACAGCUGUCAGCAGGCCCUCAAUUUUUCUCAGAUUAAUAUAUAUAUAUAUACACGAGUAAAAAAUAAACGUACACUGACGAGCACUGAUCAUGAUUAUUUAUUUGAGGUUUUUAAUAAGAUACGGGGAUCACAGUGACACAGAUGAAUAUUCAUACUGUGGUUUGAAAUGAGUUGACAAGCUGGUGCUCAUGUACGUCUCAGGAAGCUUUUUGAGUCAAGCUCUGCUCCCACUAAUUAAAUGUAGUAUGUUCUUCAUAAUUACUGUUGAGGAAAUAUUUGUUUUUUGGGCAAAACAAUAUUUGACAGUAACUGUCAUGCACGCGGAGCAGACAAAGGCCUGUAUAAUCAUUCUUUUCACUUGCCUAACCCCUGAGUAAAACGAUUGACAAAAGCCUGUGUAAUUGCUCUCCUUUUACUUUCAUCCCUCCUGGUUUCUCUAUUCAAAGCUUGACAAUGGUGUCUAAUGAUCUAACGGAAAAGAAAAGCAGUCACUCAGCACUGUACCAUCACUAGAGACUGUUGCUUUCCCCCAAAGGGCUCUCCGUCUAGGAUGGCUGCAUUCUAGUUACAGCAUGCUCUUAUUAUGAAAGCUAAACUCUAAUUAGCUAAUCCUGUGCUCCUCGUACUUUGUCUAUCUCCUGUUUAUCGAUGAAUGCUUUGUUUGUUUGCUUUUUUAGUUUUACAAGUUGUACUUUUUUUUAAGCUUGCCCAUAUGCUACUGUAAAUCAAUAUUUAAGGUUUAUGUGAAGCUCUGUGUGUGUUGUUUAUGUGUAAUCUGAUUCAUUUAUCUCCAUAGAAAUGGAGGCAGUGGCAGAGGCAGUAAUGGAUAUGCAGGCUAUCCUGCUAGAAAACAAGACAAAUGUGGACAAGCUAGAAAUGUGGAACAUAAAGGGACAAUAUAUUGUUUGGAAUCACACGUUUUUGCCUUCAUUCUCUCAUCUACAGUUGGCUGCGAUAUUGUGUGGGUGACCAGCCAUACUGAAACUGAUGUGUGUGACUGUUAAUGACUGAGACUCAAAUAAAAAACUGUGUCAAAACCA